UUUUAUCUGAACUAGAAACAAGACGAGCAGAGCCCAAAGGCAGUAAGCUUUAUCCGAUUGGGUGAAAAACUCAAACCAAAACAGCAUCACUUGAAGAUUACCAUUUUCCAUUUCAAUCUCAUCUCCUCAUGUUGCACAAAACCCUAAUUUCAUAAACCCUUCUCGUGCAUUCAUUCACUUUAUGAAUUCACCAGAACGAUGAACAUUCUCUCCUCGCCCCACUUUCACGUCACCAAAUCUCGCUACCCCCACCGCCAUGGAACGCCGAAGCAAACUCCGAGGCACCUUCCCACCCACCUUCUUCUUCUUCGCAGGCCAUCCACAGUGCUCUGCAAAUCCACCUCCGCGAGUGCCGAACCCGGUUCGGACGAUUUCGUGGGCCGCGUUCUCAAGGAAAACCCGAGCCAGUUGCAACCCAAGCACCUAAUUGGCGAAAAGUUCUAUACUUUGAAAGAAAAGGAGAGUUUGGGCAAAUUGCCCAAUGUGGGUAUCUUCGAUGUGUUGAAGAGGUUGAACCCGACGAAGCCUCAGAGCAAGAGAGAGAGUGAGGUUUCGGGAGAGAGAGACUCUGUGUAUUUGAAAGACUUGCUGAAGGAGUAUAGAGGGAAACUCUACGUGCCUGAGCAAAUUUUUGGCACUGAGUUGUCAGAGGAAGAAGAGUUUGACAGAGAUUCAAAAGAGUUGCCCAAAAUGAGCAUUCAGGACUUCAGGAAGGCCAUGAGUAAAGACAAAGUAAAGUUGAUAAUUUCAAAGGGAGGUGGAGGUGGUUUUAGGGAUUUCAUUGUGGAGUUGAAGGAAAUUCCUGGUGAUAAAAGCUUGCACACAACCAAAUGGGUUCUCAGGCUGGGUAACAGGGAAGCUCAAGCCAUUUUGUCGGACUACACUGGACCGCGAUAUGAGAUAGAGAGGAGGAAUACCAUGUCUUGGGUGGGGAAAAUGCCGGAGUACCCUCAUCCAGUUGCAUCUUCCAUAUCUAGCAGAGUGGUGGUUGAGCUUGCAGUGGUGACAGUCUUCAUGUGUUUCGCAGCAAUUAUAGUUGGUGGAUUCCUUGCAUCAGCUUUGUUUGCUGCCACCAGUUUUGUAUUUGUGAUGGCUGUCUAUGUUGCGUGGCCUAUAGCCAAACCAUUCCUCAAGCUUUUUCUUGGUCUUGCACUAGCAAUUUUGGAGAAGAUUUGGGAUAAUAUUGUUGAUUUUUUCAGUGAUGGUGGCAUUUUCUCUAAGAUAUCUGAGAUUUACACUUUUGGUGGAUUUUCUGCCAGUCUCGAGGCAUUGAAACCAAUUAUGCUUGUAGUUUUGACUAUGGUCCUUCUUGUUCGCUUCACUCUUUCAAGAAGACCUAAAAAUUUCAGGAAGUGGGAUCUUUGGCAGGGAAUAGACUUCUCACGAUCAAAAGCUGAAGCUCGCGUUGAUGGUUCAACUGGAGUCAAGUUUUGUGAUGUGGCUGGAAUUGAUGAGGCAGUUGAGGAACUUCAAGAGUUGGUGAGAUACCUAAAAAAUCCUGAGUUGUUUGAUAAAAUGGGGAUCAAACCUCCGCAUGGUGUUCUUCUUGAGGGCCCUCCCGGAUGUGGCAAGACCUUGGUAGCCAAGGCUAUAGCUGGUGAAGCUGGUGUUCCAUUUUACCAAAUGGCUGGAUCAGAAUUUGUGGAAGUUUUAGUUGGUGUUGGUUCUGCACGAAUUAGGGAUUUAUUUAAAAGAGCCAAGGUAAACAAACCAUCAGUCGUGUUCAUAGAUGAAAUUGAUGCGUUGGCAACUAAGCGUCAAGGUAUUUUCAAGGAGUCCACAGAUCACCUGUAUAAUGCAGCCACCCAGGAAAGGGAAACUACAUUGAACCAAUUGUUGAUAGAGCUUGAUGGUUUUGAUACUGGAAAGGGUGUCAUAUUUCUAGCCGCCACAAAUCGUAAGGAUUUGUUAGAUCCAGCACUUCUUCGUCCGGGUCGCUUCGAUCGCAAGAUCAGGAUUCGCCCUCCUAGUGCAAAAGGAAGACUGGAUAUUUUAAAAAUUCAUGCUGGCAAAGUAAAAAUGUCAGAGAACGUUGAUUUAUCUAGCUAUGCACAGAACCUACCAGGAUGGAGUGGAGCAAGAUUGGCACAAUUGGUUCAAGAGGCUGCUCUUGUGGCUGUGAGGAAACGGCACAACUCAAUUCUUCAGCCAGAUAUGGAUGAUGCAGUUGACAGACUUACGGUAGGACCUAAACGUGUGGGAAUAGAAUUAGGUUACCAAGGACAAUGUCGUAGAGCUACUACAGAAGUGGGAGUUGCAUUAACUUCUCAUCUGCUCCGGCGAUAUGAACAUGCAAAAGUUGAAUGCCUAGAUCGCAUUUCAAUAGUACCUCGUGGUCAGACAUUAUCUCAAUUGGUAUUUCACCGACUAGAUGACGAAUCAUAUAUGUUUGAACGUCGACCUCAAUUGCUACAUCGCCUUCAGGUUCUGCUUGGAGGUAGAGCUGCCGAGGAGGUCAUAUACGGACGUGAUACAUCAAAAGCCUCAGUUGAUUACCUUGCAGAUGCAUCCUGGCUUGCUCGGAAAAUAUUAACCAUAUGGAAUUUGGAGAAUCCAAUGGUCAUACAUGGAGAACCACCACCUUGGAGGAAGUCUGUAAAAUUUGUUGGACCGAGGUUGGAUUUUGAAGGGUCUCUUUAUGAUGACUACAACUUGAUUGAACCCCCACUAAAUUUUAAGAUGGAUGAUGAAGUUGCUCAAAGAACUGAAGAGUUGAUCCGUGACAUGUACGGAAAAAUGGUCGCUCUCCUUAGGAGUCACCAUGCGGCUUUGCUCAAAACUAUUAAGGUUCUUCUCGAUCAGAAGGAGAUCAGUGGUGAUGAAAUAGAGUUCAUUUUGAGCAAAUACCCUUCACAAACACCUUUACAUCUUUUGGAGGAGGAAGAGGAAAAUGCUGGCAACCUUCCCUUCACCAAUGAACAAGUGCAUGAUCUGGAGUAUGCAUUAAAACCAAACGAAGAAACCAUAUGAGUUAUUUCUCAAUCUUCAAUCUAAAACCAAGAAUUUAUUCCUUGAUUCCUGACCAACCAGUGUUUCAGAUUUGGUAGCUGCACUUCGGUGAGGUUCCUUCCAUAUGAACCAUGAAGGGUUACUUCAAAGCUUAGCUUUUUCAGUGACGACGAAAGUAUAUGUAUUUGUUGAGCCAUAAAUUUUGAUCACGCAAUUUGUAUGAAACGCUAUUCAUUAUAACAUUUUUAAGAGGCGUAUUUCCUUUCCA